UUAUUUUGUGUUGGUUACUAGCAUUAUAGGGAAUUUCCCUUUGGUCGACGUUGUCUGCGCCAGAACGAACAUUUCUCUAUCUCUGACUUCAACGCUCAUGCUGCAUUCGCUAAUGUCUAGCCAAACCAGUCUCGGCAUUAUACUCUCAAAGCUGUCUGCGCCGCUCGCGGCUUUGAGAAAUAUUUCCGUCUAUACGAGUAAACAUGUCCCUAUACAAAGUUAUACUCUGUAUACGCAUACCUAUACGGAGCCGUACUCUGAUAGCUGCACACUCCGAAUGGAACAUUCCGCGUUUUACACAAUGCUGUUCCACAGUAAACAAUGAAAUCGAAAGCACUAACCAUGAUUGCACUGACGUGUGCAGAAUAAUGUGAAACCUUACGGACAUAUUAAUAGUACGUGAGUACGAAAUGUGUGUAAACUUUGAGCGGUAAAAUAGAAAAAAACAUUUUCGUUUUGUGAGUCACAAAGCAGGUCAACAAGAGAUUUCAGGAUUUCCAUCCAUCACAUACAUUGGCCUAAUGCAACAUGUCCCUGUUUAAUUUAUCCAGCGUCUCUGGUUUCCGUCAACAUCACAGUAUGCAUCAACAUCAAAAGAAGGGUCAAUUGCAGGUCAUAUUUGGGCCAAUGUUUUCUGGAAAAACGACGGAACUUUUAAGAAGAAUAAAGAGAUAUCAAGUUGCGACCUACUCUUGUUUAGUCAUAAAAUACGAAAAUGAUAAUCGUUACGACAAUGUUGGUGUGUCAACACAUGACCGCCAAACAUACCAAGCUGUCUCAUGCAGUAAACUCAGUGAUGUCAUGCAAAUUGCUAUGAAAUAUGAAGUCAUUGGUGUGGAUGAGGGACAGUUUUUUCCUGAUAUAUUACGAUUUUGUGAAGAAAUGACGAAGUUAAACAAAAUAGUGGUAGUUGCGGCGCUGGAUGGUGAUUUUCAACGAAAGCCCUUCGGCAAUAUUCUUGAACUAGUUCCAAUUGCAGAAAGUGUUGUGAAACUAAGUGCAGUUUGUAUGAAUUGUUAUGGUGAAGGAGCAUUUACUAAAAGAUUGUGUUCAGAUACAGCUAUCGAAGUGAUUGGAGGGGCAGACAAGUAUAUGGCAGCAUGUCGGGAUUGUCACACGAAAAACUUGAAUGUCGAGAUUAUCGAGAAACAAAAGUUAACAAUGCAAGAAAUGCGCAAGCCUCUACUUCCGGUUAAUUCCUUUAGAACAGCGGAGAACAUAGGAUUUUAAAUGGAAUUGAUUCUUUUAGGUGACUUUCUCUUAACAUUGCUUAAGAUUACUCUUGUUAGUGUUUUUUUGACUUAACUCGCUUGGUCAUGUCAAAAGUGCUGCUGAAGAUUUAAUCUGUCAAAAUAAUACUGACAUUACGUAGCAUGGUGAAAGAUUUCUCUAUAUAUUCAUUUUGUAUAUAAUAGUUUUAAUUAGUUUUAUCGAUCUUUCAACAUUUACGAAGAUGUUCAUAUAUUCCUAGUUGCGCAAUGCAUUACAUUACACCAACUUUCCACUGUUUCAUCAGUCAAAAAUGUUGAUGGUUUUCCACUUUUCACAUAAUUAAACUUUGUUCAAUCUUGUUUUUCUAAUUUUUAAGUAAUAUGUUCUUUUAUAUUUUUUCCCUAAUCUUUUUAACAUUAAUGUAUGUAAUUUAGGUUUGUACAUUUUGAAAAUUUUACCGUUAGGUUCUUCUGAUUUUAUUGAAAUAGACAAUUUUAUAACUACUAUUUAAAUA